AUGCAUGGCAAGCGUGACCGUCGCAUCGGCGACCGUUGUCUUUCCGUCUUAACCGAUGAGAAGCAGGAUAUAAGCGAUCUGCUUGGUUACAUCGGUUUCUACAGGGAGGCGCUCGAUCUGCUGCCGAUAGCGGCGAUUCCCUCACUGGUCCCGCGCCUCCUCAAGGCCGGCAUGCCCAUCGGCUUCCUCGACCCAGUCUCCAACAUCAUCGCCAACACCAUCGCCUACACCCCUUCACCGACGCCUGGAUCCGACCAGGAGGAGGAGGCGCCGUCGUCGGAGUGGAUCCUCUCCAAGAUCAUCACCGACACGAACGACAAGUCUGUCUUCAGAGUACCGCUUUCCCGGCAAAAUGCCCAUGGCAUGACCCUCGCGCGGCGGUCGCUGGACGGUCUUGUCAGCUUCCUCACCUCCCACUACCGCUACCUCAUCAGCAGGGAAGCCAUGAGCUACCUGCUCCUGGCCAGGGCCGAUCUUCUCACCGCUGUGCGCCUCAUCGAGCGGGAUCGUAACAAGAGGCGCAAUGUGUUCAGUAUUACCUCCUCUACCAACAAGGUCGCUCUGGAAUGUGCUGCUGUGUCUGCAAGGCAUCCUGAACCAGAUGUCCUGGUGAAAGCGUCGCUGACUAUGGCCUCUCGCGAUGUCUCCAUGCUUUUGACUGGACAAGGCCCUCUCUCGCCUGCAACCCUCGAGAGCCUCGCCGAGCUGCUCAGGCAAGGCCCUACGGGCAUGGAUCUCAUCAACGUAUCACUGGAUCAUCUUCGUGUUAAUGAGAAGGACAACAAUAAAAAGAGAAAGAGAAGCCGACAGACAUCAGAAUCCACAGAGGGGAGUAGGGCACAUAAGAAGAGUGUCGGUCCUCAGUUGACAUUCAGAUACACGCUGGCUCUGAAGCUUUUGCUCCUCGGCAAGAUCCAUGGGCACUACCUAGAGGCACUUGCCAAGCUGCCCCGGGACGGCCUGCGCAGGCAUCACCACUGCAGCCUCCUGAGGGGUGGAUACUGCUAUGGCCCCAGGGAUCCUGUCUCCAACAUCAUCCUCAACACCAUCUGGUACGGCUCUAUGUUCCCCACGCCCCACAAGUUCGAGCUGCAAUUUAAGGUGGACAUGAUAUGCACACGCAUGCUUGCACGCAUCGAGUGCUGCUCCCUUUACGGCCUUGUUACCUUCCUUCGCACCUGUGCCCCUGAACUCACAGAGCACGACGCCAUCUGGUAUUUGUUCAGGAGCGGUGCGGAUGUACACAAGGCCAUCCGUGAGGUAAAGAAGCAUGGUCAUCAUGUGCCUGGCAAUUACCAGGACGCCUAUAUGCAAGCGGCGGUUGUUUCAUGGCACGAUGACCCUGAUGAGCUGGUCAAAUUUGCUACGUCUUCAUUGAACAUGGAGUCUGCCAAGUUGUUAGCACUAUUACAGGGCACACUUACCAACGACGGAGUCGAAUGCCUCACCAUGGCUCUGCCACAUAAAUCUCCAGCUACCAAGUCCCAGGAGCAGGCUCAGCAACCGAACCAGGUGACCUCAAGCUCACAGGUCUUGAGCAAGAACCAGAAAAUUUUCAUUUCAGAGUUUCGGAAAAAGUUUAGGCGCGACCAAAACUUCUUUGUCAGAAAGGUCAAGGCGGUAUUGAGCGACUACUCUCAGCGAAAAGUGGUGCACUAUAAACUUCAUAUCAUUUGUGACGUGAAUCCUAGGGUACCAGAUGGACCAAGCGUUGCUCUCGUUAAGAAGAAAUUCCAAUUUGAAUACUUCCAUAUCAACUUUUUGGCAACAGCGCCAAAUUCUGCUGUCGCAGCUCCAGAACUGUUCUUUGCUCAAUGUAGCAAUAGUAUCAAAGAGAUGCAGGAGAGACCAUCCUGGUGCACCCCUGUAUCGGAUUCUUCUAUAGAUAAUGCUCGAUGUUUCUCUUGCGAGUUUAAUGGGGCGAAGAUUGUGCAUCCAUGUGAUGAAACAUACUGUGGGUGCUACGAGGAUUUCAAACUUAUGGCUCAUGGUAAACAUGGCACUGGGAAUGAACUUCUUACCAGUUCCUGUCAUUCUCAUUCUGAUGUAAUGGCCACAAUGACACAAGAUUUCAUUUAUUUUUAUCCCAAUAUGGAUUCAAAGUUUGCAGAAAUGAACCCAAUCUCCAAUGUGGCUAGGAAGUUGAAAGAAUGGAAGGGUAGAAUCUUCUGA